AUGAAGGCUGUGGCGCGCAGUUUUGUCUACUGGCCUUAUCUCGACGAGGACAUCAUCGACCACGUUCGAGCUUGCCACGGCUGUGCCUCUGCAGCAAGAUCUCCGCCAAAAGUUACACCAGAACCGUGGCCCAAACCAACGGUUCCAUGGCAGAGAAUACAUGUCGACUACGCUGGCCCACUGGAGGGCGAGUUCUAUCUGGUGACCGUGGAUGCAUACAGCAAGUGGCCGGAGAUUUUCCCAACCAAAUCCAUCACUUCGAAGGCUACAAUCAACCUCCUUCGAAGCCUAUUUGCCAACAAGGGAAUGCCUGAAGUCCUAGUGUCAGAUAAUGGCACGCAGUUCACUAGCGCCGAGUUCAAGGAGUUCUGCAACGAAAACGGAGUGGAGCACGUAACAACAGCACCAUUCCACCCGCAAUCCAACGGCCAAGCCGAAAGGUUUGUAGACACGUUUAAGCGGGCGGUCAAAAAAGUCCAGGACGGAGAAGGUUCCAUCAAAACGGCAUUGGAUACAUUCCUGCUAGCGUACAGAACUACUCCAAACCCAAACACACCAGAUAGAAGAUCGCCUGCAGAGCUGAUGUACAAUCGUCGGCUUAGAACAUCGUUGGAACUUCUACGUGUGCCACGGAACCAAGCAACAUCUAUGGAUGCGGACGCAGAUCACCAAUCAAGAUCGUUCGUACCGAAAGACGCCGUCUAUGCAAAAGUCUACGCCAACAAUAAGUGGACUUGGGCUCCAGGAACAGUUGUGGAAAGGAUCGGCCGAGUAAUGUAUAACGUUUGGAUUAACGACAGGAAGUUGAUCCGAUCUCACGUGAACCAGCUCAGAAGCCGAGGUACAACUACCCUUCGAACGAAUAAGAAGCAUAUUCUACCGCUGGAAAUUUUGCUGAGUGAGUGCAACUUAGUCAAGCCAUCAACGAUUUGCCAUCCAGCUCAGACAACACCCUCGCCGGAGUCCCUACGAGACCUACCAACUCGGGUGUCGUCUUCAGAAUCGCCAUCGUCAUCGAGUGAAGCAAGUUCGUCCUCUUCAACAACGACGUCAUCGGCUGGUUUCCAAUCAGCAGUCGAAUCAUCGCCAGCGAUCCUAGUCCCUCGUCGAUCUUCUCGCAUCAGAAGACCGCCGCAGCGGUUCAACGCCUAUCGGCGAUAUUAA